AUGGACCUCUCCUCCUUCUUCUUUUUCUCUGGUGAAGAACCCUGGACUCAGCUCCUUCACGGUCCGGCGCAGUGCCUUCCUCUGCAGAAGAUCGGCCAUUGUCAUCUCCUGAGGAAGACUUUACACCCCACAUUUGUCAUUUGUGUUGCUGCCCUGAGGUCCAAAAUGAAUAUCGAUCAUGUUCCAGGACCGAUGAAAAUCUCUGCCAGAGGAAGACUCCAGUUCCUUCAACCUGGGCCCCUGAAGCGUGGCUCCCCGCCCUCAUCCACGUGCCCCGCCCUCAUCCACGUGCCCCGCCCUCAUCUACCUGCCCCGCCCUCAUGUUCCUGCACCGCCCUCAUCUACCUGCCCCGCCCUCAUGUUCCUGCACCGCCCUCAUCUACGUGCCCCGCCCUCAUCUACGUGCCCCGCCCUCAUCCACGUGCCCCGCCCUCAUCUACGUGCCCCGCCCUCAUCCACGUGCCCCGCCCUCAUCUACGUGCCCCGCCCUCAUCCACGUGCCCCGCCCUCAUCUACCUGCCCCGCCCUCAUCUACCUGCCCCGCCCUCAUGUUCCUGCCCCGCCCUCAUCUACGUGCCCCGCCCUCAUCUACGUGCCCCGCCCUCAUCCACGUGCCCCGCCCUCAUCCACGUGCCCCGCCCUCAUCUACCUGCCCCGCCCUCAUCUACGUGCCCCGCCCUCAUGUUCCUGCACCGCCCUCAUCUACGUGCCCCGCCCUCAUCUACGUGCCCCGCCCUCAUCUACCUGCCCCGCCCUCAUCUACGUGCCCCGCCCUCAUCUACGUGCCCCGCCCUCAUCCACGUGCCCCGCCCUCAUCUACCUGCCCCGCCCUCAUCUACGUGCCCCGCCCUCAUCUACGUGCCCCGCCCUCAUCCACGUGCCCCGCCCUCAUCUACGUGCCCCGCCCUCAUCUACGUGCCCCGCCCUCAUGUUCCUGCACCGCCCUCAUCUACGCGCCCCGCCCUCAUCUACGUGCCCCGCCCUCAUGUUCCUGCACCGCCCUCAUCUACGUGCCCCGCCCUCAUGUUCCUGCCCCGCCCUCAUCUACGUGCCCCGCCCUCAUCUACGUGCCCCGCCCUCAUGUUCCUGCCCCGCCCUCAUGUUCCUGCCCCGCCCUCAUGUGUCUCACCUGUGUCUCGUUAG